AUGCCCACCCCCAACACCUGGGUGCUGGUGCAGUGCAUCCACCAAUCCGAGUGGCUGAUGCUGGUGCAGGGUCUGAGAGCCUGGGGUCAUAGCCUCAGAGGCCACAGCCAGUACCUGUGUAGUGUCCCGACAUAAGACUUCCUGUACUACCAGGCCACACUGCACAAGGUGACCCAAGCCGCCUCCACCUUGCAGGAGGUGCUAGCGAUAGAGGCCAAGUUGGCCAACCCCAGAGCACAGCUGCUGCUCAUGUGCCAUGUGCGCAGCCUAUGGCUGCUGGAGCACGCCCCACUGCACCAGGUGGCCCUGCUGCAACCAAUGAUGGGAGCACUAGAGCUGACAAGGCAAGAGAACACACUACAAUUGUGUCAGCUAAUGACGGUUAUUAAAAGCAUGGAAGCCAUCAGCAAGGUUCUCCAGGGCCUCAGGUUUGAGGCAGAAUCUGCUGACCUUAGCUGA